GUAGCGGAGAGAGGGCGAGGUACAGCACAACACAAGCGACACCUGCAAGCACUUGACUGGACUAGUAAAGAGACUGUGGACUACUAACGGAAUUAGGAUAAUAUUACCAAAAAUGAUGACAAUGCGAAUCGAAAUGUAAAAGUUCCCCCCCCAAGUUAUUUUGAAAGGGUGAUCGGUGCAUAUUGUACCUCAACUGCGACGCCUGGAAACUUUAGUAACUCGCAGAAAAACGAAAAAAGAAGACGCGAGCGUACAAACAAAUGGACAUUGACACGUGUGCUUGAGUUUUGUCAUUUGUAACAGUUUUCUUUGAAUCGGACAGCUGCGCGCCACGGAAUGUAACAUCUGCCUACCUUAAAUUACCUGGAUUAAAAUCUCAGUGGGUUACUGCUGUCAUUAUCAUAACCAUGAUGCAAACCCUGCUUCUCAUCCUGAGUCUCUGUGUAUGGGGUUGUCAUGGCAACACCCGCACGGCGCCCCGGGUGCACCUGUCAUAUAAAGAGUUACUGGAGACAAAAACCAUACGGCCGUUCAGUUUUUCCUUCAACACCAGCGACUACCGAAUACUUCACAUGGACCAAGACCAAGGCAGACUCUACCUGGGCAGCCGUGAAUACGUGGUCUCCCUAGACAUGCAAAAUGUCAAUAAAGAACCACUUAUUAUUCACUGGCCUGCGACAGCACAGAGAAAGGGAGAGUGUAAAUUAACUGGAAAAGGUGGACAGGGAGAGUGUGCAAACUUUGUGCGUCUGAUUGAGCCAUGGAACAGAACUCACCUGUACACAUGCGGCACAGGUGCUUAUAAACCCAUCUGCACCUUCAUCAACAGAGGCUGGAGGGCUGAGGAAUAUCUCUUCCGACUUGUUCCUGGUUAUGUUGACUCUGGAAAAGGAAAGUCUCCAUAUGAUCCCCACCAGGAGAACGCAGCAGCUCUGAUCAAUGGGAAUCUGUAUGCCGGGGUACACGUGGACUUCAUGGGUACAGAUCCUGCCAUCUUUAGAACCUUGGGGGACCGUCCCGCUGUCAGAACAGAGCAGUAUGAUUCCCGAUGGCUUAACGAGCCUGUGUUUAUAAAAAUCCAGAAGAUUCCAGACAGCGCGGAGAAGAACGAUGACAAGCUUUACUUUUUCUUUCGGGAAAAGAGCUUUGACGCUUCAGGGGGCAGCGCUCCGAGCGUUCUCGCUCGAGUGGGCAGAGUCUGUCUGAAUGAUGAUGGAGGUCAAAGGUCAUUAGUGAAUAAGUGGACGACGUUCCUCAAAGCACGACUCGUCUGCUCUGUGAUUGGUGCAGACGGGGUUGAGACUUACUUUGAUGAACUGAGAGAUGUUUUUAUUCAGAGUACCCAUGAUGAACGUAACCCCAUCGUGUAUGCUGUGUUCUCCACGGCUGGCUCUGUUUUUAAAGGCUCUGCCGUGUGUGUGUACUCUAUGGCUGAUAUCAGAAAUGCCUUCAAUGGGCCUUUCUCUCACAAACAUGGUCACAACUACCAGUGGACUCCUUACACUGGUAAAAUCCCCUACCCUCGUCCGGGCACUUGUCCCGGAGGAACCUUCACGCCUGAUCUCCACACCACUAAAGCUUUUUCGGACGAGGCUGUAAAUUUUGUCCGUGCCCAUCCUCUGAUGUAUCAACCUAUAUAUCCGAUACACAAACGCCCCCUGGUGGUCAGGACUGGUGUGGACUACCGUUUCACCACCAUUGCUGUGGACCUGGUGGAUGCUGUGGAUGGAAGAUAUGAGGUGCUCUUCCUGGGCACAGAUCGUGGAACAGUUCAGAAGGUGAUUGUCUUACCAAAAGACAUCAGCACAACUGAAGAGCUCAUUUUAGAGGAGGUGGAAGUUUUUAAGACAUCAGCAGCCGUCAAAACUCUGAAGAUAUCUACUAAAAGGCAACAGUUGUAUGUGUCAUCAGAAAGGGGUCUUACCCAGGUGUCCCUGCACAGGUGUGCUGUUUACGGUAAGGCCUGUUCAGACUGCUGCCUGGCCAGAGACCCCUACUGUGCCUGGGAUGGAGAAACCUGUUCUGCUUUCACACCAGCUACAAAAAGGAGAAGCAGGAGGCAAGAUAUCAAACACGGAGAUCCUUUACGGCAGUGCCGGGGCUUUAACGCUAAAGUAGAGAAGCGUCUGAGGGAAACGGUACAGUUUGGGGUUGAAGGCAGCAGCACAUUUCUGGAGUGCCAGCCGAGGUCUCCUCAGGCCACAGUCAAAUGGCUCUACCAGAAGGACGGCAAGAGGAAAGCACUCAGUCGAGAUAAAGACAUCUUGAAGACAGGUCAUGGCAUCCUGAUAAAAUCUCUCACCCAAUCAGACGCCGGGCUCUAUCACUGCCUGGCAACCGAGAACAACUUCAAACACACCGUGGCCCGCAUCUCUCUACGGAUCCUGGACCGGGAGAUCGUUGAUGCGCUGACUGAGCCAGACAUCUCCAUUGAGCACCGUCGCCAUCAUUCCCAUCAUCACCCUCCACCUCCGCCCCCACCUUUCCAGACCCUCCCACCCCCUCUUCAGUCCCACCCACAAGCAGAGGUGCGUCUCAUGAACCAGUACUGCCAGUCUUACAGGCAGCAGCAGAUACAAAGCCAAGCCAACAAACCCAAACGCAACAACCGCAGACACACAGGAGAAGAGGAAGAGGAGGAGCCACAGGAUCAGUGAGUCAGAUGAGAUUGUGGAACGGCCGCCAGGCUGCCAGUGUCCCAUCUACUGUGUGAACAGUGUCAUUCUUGUACUCCUCCAGGCAAACUCAAGUUGUUUGCUGAUUCGAUUAGUUUGUUUCAAUUGUUGAAUUGGACUUCGAACUAUGUUUUGAGGUACACUUUGGUAUUCUAUAUACUCCCCAGCCAGUUUCUUUCAUGUGUGUGACAUGCACAUGCCCCAUGCUGAGGUUUAAACACAAUGGCUCUCAGUGGUUACAAUGAAUUCCUAAAGAAAAAUCCAGCUAAACCAGCAAAACUACUGCCAUGUUAUGUAAAAUAUAAGCUAUUCCCUUUUAAAGUUACAUAGAUUCAGUGUAAAUACUAAACGGACGUUUUUGAAAUUAUGUUUGCUCAAUGUUAAAGCAAUGCGGGAUUGUGUUUCAGAUCACUUAUUCCAGGUUUUCAAACUUUUUGUCAGCCGAACCCCUUUGACCUAAAUCAUUUACUUGAAGUAGGCUACCCCCGAGAGGUACUCGCCCUGAGGAAGUAAAUGUUUCAUUAAUUUAUUAGCACAUUUGCAUGUUUAACUUCAAAACAUUUAUUUUGUAUCUGUUUUGAAGUUUUUAUCAGUAGUAUUUUACAUAUCUGUUGUUAUUUCUAAACGUUUCUUUGCCAUUUAAUUUUUUUCCAAAGGUUUGAGAACCCUGGUUUAUUCCAUCUGGCAUUUCUAAACCCCUAGACGGUGAAAUUAUUAAGCAGUCAAAAAAGAUCAUAUGCUGAGGAUAAAGACAUUAUUUGAACUGAGCUCAUCUGAAAGACGCAAUAUAUCUUUGACCAUGGAAGCUUUACUCUUCUUGAAAUUUACAGUUUUGAUAGUUUUCUAUAGUUCACCUGUAGUUCUGAAGUUCAUUUUGGUUUUGAGUUAAGUCUUGAUCAAUGACAGAAAUUACAAGCUUAGUUGUACAAAGUGUGUGACGUUUCAGUAUCAUUUGAACUGUUGGUGCAUCGGUUUAAAAUUGUUUUACUCACAACAAGGUGUAAAAUACUGAACAUAAGACAGCAUUGAAAAUCACAGUUUAACUGUUGGUCAGUAUAUUAAAAAUAAAUAAGUUUAACUUUUUAAACAAAAUAAUUGCGUAAUCCUAAAAAUAAAAUAAAAAUUAGCAGCUCUAAUUUUACUAACUGUAAUGUGAUUGGCUCAUUGCCCAGGAAAUAUGUUUCAUUAAGACAUGACUGUGGACCAAAAUAAAAGUCAUGACAACACACAUUUUGCAAAAAUAAAAGUUCUUAGGAAUUAAUGAUCAGCCUUUUCUGAUUAAUAAAAUCGGACCUGCUACUUUAUUAGCUGUAGUGUGAAAAGCUUUGGAUAUGGUUCAGAAUGCUAAAAGUAUUUUUUGUCCUGUAAUUGUUUUCCAAACCACUAUAAUCAAACAAACCUUUCAUUUACUGCUGUAUAUAGGUAAAGAACGCAGAUCAAGCUUUUCAGUCUGGUCUCCAUAUGUGUUUGACUGUGGACUAUUAUGAUAGUCGGACCACUAGUAACAUUCUCACUGAGCAUUGCUACAAACCACAAUCAGCUUUGCAAUGUCUUGUAUUCCAUGAUUUGUCAAUGGUGAAAUGUGGUCAUGUUUUUACUUGUGUAUAAACACAGUAUCUGUG